AUGCCGUUCCCCGGUGGCGGAUGCCAAACAUGUAGGGAUCGACGAAUCAAGUGUGAUAGGACCCAACCAAUCUGUCAACGAUGCAUAAAGUCCCGACGAACAUGCUAUGGGAUGCGGGAUCAACAAGUCUGGCAUACGGAGAAUGCCUACGCAAGCCGUCAGAAGAAGCGGCCUAGAGGGCCUCGCUCAAUGAAAAUGAAUCUAACCGUCUCUUACAAGCCCGCCAAUCUCAAAACAUAUGCAGUGGCAUAUUUUAUGCACAACUAUCUCCAGGCGCCGCAUAAUGUUCCCGAUAUUGUCAGGGAUAUCACUAGAGGAUGUCUAGCCGUGGUUCCAUCAACCCCGUGGUGUUCAAUCCUCGACCUAGCAGUAUCCUCUUUGGCUCUAGCACUAUUCUCGAGGACCCAGAAUUACCCUCGCGCUACUGUAGUGGCGUCUGCCACGUAUCAUCGACUUCUGCAGGUAGCGCAAACUGCGAUACAUUACCUGACGCCCGACAACGUUGACUCGUGUCUGCUUGCGGUCUUCUUCAUGGGUCGCUACGAGGACUCGGUAUACCAUCCAGUGGCCAAGACCCCACUUUUACACGCCUCGCCGAGUUUCUCACAUCAUGACGGAGCGUUGGCAAUCUUGAAGGUGUGGAACGACCAUUUAAGCGGCGAUCGGCCCGCAACGAAUGUUAUUAAACAUGCCAGACGGGGUCUGCUCAGAUCCGCUCUCAUGCGAAAUAUAGCACUGCCACGUUGGGUCCAUGAUGGUGCUUUCUUCGGUGAGCAUGGCCUUGAACUUGAAUACGACCGAAUUAUCACAAGUCUCCUGAACCUCCGCCAUCGGUUGUUCGCUCUCAUCAACGAGAGCCCUGCUCGGGGUGCAUGUCAACACGCCGAGUUAAUUUCCGUACUUGAACAGCUCGAUAAAGAGUCGCACACCCUUGAUCUAGACUUAGAGACCUGCAUUUCCCAUGUCCCGGAUGCAUGGCACCAGCUUCAACAACACACCCUAUCAAACGAGGACCUUCCGUCUUGGCCCUCUGCAAAUUUCUAUUCCCCAACCCUGUACAGCUUCCCCAUUCCAGCAUAUGCAGCUCUUUGGGGUCAAUAUUAUGCCACAAAAAUGCUUAUCAAGAGUACUCGGCUAAGAGUUCUCGCCCUCCAUAAUCCACAUAAUCUAUCUCUGAAGCAAAAGCUUCUUUCCGAUAUGCAGUCUGUAUCUGAAGAUCUGGCAGCAAUUGUACCCUUUGCACUUCAAAGAUUCAAACUAGUCGAGAACACGCUUUCAUCACCCUCACCUGGUCUAUCCGUCACGCUGAAUCUAAAGGCAGAGAUCAAGCCAACGGACGCUAGUUUGGUCAUAUGGCCGCUGACCAUUGCGUCGGGGCUGGAGUAUGUGGAUUCUGAGCCGAAAGCCUGGUUCAAGGCGCAGCUAGCUCGUCUGGGGAGAUUGGCAGGGUUUGGAAUGUUGGAGUCUGCAGAGACAGAUCAAUGGCUUGAAUUGUAG